CAACGUCAGUCUAAGAGCCUUAUUAACAUGUAACCGCCGUUAACGAUGCCAAACGAACAAGCGGGUAGAAAUGUCUCCCAAUACAACUGUCGCGAUGCGUUUCUAAGAACGGGGCACAGCAGCCCUAAGUCCCAACCGCAUUAAUUUGUCCGUGAGAUGCCACUGCCAGCCUCGAGAAGCCCCACGGCCUGAGCAGCGCCGCACAGCUGCUCACGCUAAACCUCCUUCCGCAUUUUCCUGCGGCUCUGUGGCUGUGACGUGGCGCGCUGACGGCGGGCUCGGCACUGGAGGAGCUGGGGGCCGCUAGCUCGUCUUUCUGUGCGUGUCAGUGCAGCUCGGAAAGGCUGUCGGCCCCUCCCUCUCUGUAUCUCUCCCCGGUCCCUCCCGUCUCGGCGGCCCGCCCUGCCACUGACGAGCUCCCGAUCGAGCCAGGCCCGACACUGGGGGGCAUUCGAACGGCCUUGAACACUGCGGUUUGUUGGAAAAUAAAAAUCCAAAAUAAACAUACAAAGUUGCCGGUGAGCGAUAACAAGGAAAGCGGCUGGCUGGUAAGGAAAGGUCUCAGAUGAGGUAUAAAGACAAUGGAUGAGGAUGUGACUGAACUAGAAUUGCAUCCAUCGGAGGCAAAUAUAAUAUUUGACACAUCAGACACAGAUGCAACUUCUGGAGCCCAUUUAAAUGGAGAUGAAAUCGUGCUGGAAUUACAAGAAACCGUUUUUGUUUCUGAUGUCAUUGGUUCUGAUGUAACAGUGCAUAAUUUUACCUCUGAAGAUCUGGAUGCUGUUGUUAUACAAGAUGCAGUUGAGGAUGUUGUUGCAGAGUAUGUGCAAUGCUCAGAGGCUGAUGAUCCUGAAAACUUUGUACAUACUGGUGAUGUUCUUGGAACUGACAUAAAAGCAGAGAUUUCUUUGGAUCACUGUACUGUUCCAGAAGAUGUUUUAUCUCCAGAUGUUUCAUCAGAGGUUUUGUCUGACACACAGAGAGAAUUACUGGUAGAUCAGAAUUUGCACAUCUCUGAGAUUGUAUCUGCAGAGAAGAUUUUACAUAACAGUACCAAUGAAAUGGAAAUUCCUGUGAGUGCUUUGCAGGUUGAUGUUAUCCCAGAUGUACUGGUGACAAAUAAUGCCACUGAAGCUGUGAUUGAUGCUGAUGGAAUUCCAGUGCCAGAUUAUCAAAGUAACUGUGGAGAUUACCUCAUGAUUUCCUUGGAUGAAGAAGAUAAAAUUGUACGUCAUGGAAAUGAAGAUGUUUCUGCUGACACUGGAAUUCCAGAACCUAAAGAUCUUUCAAAAGAAGAUGGACAUGAGGUUAUUAAGGUCUAUAUUUUUAAAGCUGAAUCUGGGGAUGAGGAUCUUGGAGGUACAGUAGAUAUAGAAGAAAGUGAAGGGGAGAAUGACCAUGAGGUUGGGUUACUAGAUCAAGGUGAUACUGGAAGAAUUUGCAGAGAAAAAAUGGUUUAUAUGACUGUUGGUGAACCACAGCAAGAUGAUGAACUAAAUGUUUCUGAAAUAGCAGAUCAGGUGUAUAUGGAAGUGGUUGUUGGAGGAGAAGAGGCAGUUGUACAAGAAAGGCAACAUGAUGCAGCAGUGCUCAAUAAGGGCUACAUACCCGUAGCCUGGGCGGCUGCUUAUGGCCACGAAGAUAUCAAAACUGUAGAAAAUGGAAAUGGGGCUGCCAGUGUACUACUUCAUAUUGAUGAAUCAGAUGAUGGUGAAAAGCUUUUAAAACAAAAAGCAAAGAGGAGGAAAAGGCUGGAUGCUAGACAAUUUCAGACAGCAAUUAUAAUUGGUCCUUAUGGGCAGCCAUUGACUGUUUACCCUUGUGCAAUAUGUGGGAAGAAGUUUAAGUCUAGAGGAUUUCUAAAGAGGCACAUGAAAAAUCAUCCCGAAAUUAUGAAUCGAAAGAAGUAUCAGUGCACAGAUUGUGAUUUUACUACAAAUAAGAAGAUUAGUUUGCAUAAUCACAUGGAGAGCCACAAGCUGAUGAACAAAGCUGAGAAAACCAGUGAAUGUGAGGAAUGUGGAAAGGAAUUUUCCAAUGCUGCUUUGUUGUUUGCGCAUAAGUUGGUCCACAGGGAUAAAGGAUCUACAAAGAUGUACAAAUGUAAAUUCUGUGAUUAUGAAACUGCAGAGCAAGGUUUGUUGAAUCGUCAUCUUCUUGCAGUACACAGCAAGAGUUUUCCUCACAUUUGUGUAGAUUGUGACAAGGGAUUUCGUCAUCCUUCAGAGCUCAAAAAACACAUGAGAACACACACUGGAGAAAAACCGUAUCAUUGUAUGUACUGUGAAUAUAAAUCUGCUGAUUCAUCAAACCUUAAGACCCAUAUAAAGACUAAGCAUAGUAAAGAAAUGCCAUACAAGUGUGAGCGUUGCUUUCAGACAUUUUCAGAGGCUGAAGAGCUGCUGCAGCACAACUUUACUCAUGAAGAAAAUAAAACUCACCAGUGUUCUCACUGCGAUCACAAAAGCUCCAACUCCAGUGAUUUAAAAAGGCACAUCAUUUCUGUUCACACAAAAGACUAUCCUCAUAAAUGUGAUGUGUGUGAAAAAGGCUUUCAUCGACCAUCUGAACUCAAGAAGCAUAAGAUGUCCCACAAAACCAAAAAAAUACAUCAGUGCAGGCACUGCGACUUUAAAAUCUCUGACCCAUUCACUCUUAGUCGUCACAUACUUUCUGUACACACCAAAGAACAGCCCUUUGCAUGUAAACGCUGCAAAAGACAUUUUGCCCAGCGAAAUGAACUUAAAAAGCAUCUGAAGACUCACCGUGGAAGGCGAAUGUACCAGUGCCAAUACUGUGAAUAUAGUACUGCAGAUGCUUCUGGCUUCAAGCGACAUGUUAUUUCUAUUCACACAAAGGAUUAUCCACACCGCUGUGAAUACUGCAAAAAAGGUUUCCGUAGACCUUCUGAAAAGAACCAGCACAUCAUGCGACAUCAUAAAGAUGUGUUGUCAGCUGAAUGACAAGACUUAGGCUCAGCUGUAGAAAGUGAUUUGGAUUCUGACGCGUUGACCUCCUCUAGUCGUUUGUUAAUUUCACGCAGAGAAGAUGGUUCUGUGCCAGGAAGGAAAUAUAGCACAUGCCACGAGUUCCUUUUAUUACUAUGUAAAAGCAAUUCUAAACAAACAAAAAAAUCCUCAUGACAGAUGAUGUUGAGUUGAAUCAGUCUGGAGCACAGCUAGAAUUUGGAGUCAUAAGAGUUGCUAUUAUUUCACUGGGCUAUUUCUUGUCUCCCUUUUUUAUUUUUUUACAUCAUCCUUUAUGUUCCAGUAAAAUAAAUGAAUUGUGAACUUUGGAGAACCUAGCAAAAAAGUUCAGUAAUAAAUUAUUUUUAAGAGUAAGUUAGGGCCGGGGUAUUUAUUCAUACAAGUUUGGCAAAAACAGUAAUUUCUUUUAAAAUUGAUAAAGUAGUUCUUGUUUUACCUGUUUUACAUGUCUCAUCCAUGGUCAAACAGGUACUGUGUUAAGAAACCAUUAAAAAAUUGUGAAAUACAGGUUUAUCUUCCAAUUGUUUUCUCUUGAUUAUUAGACAUGUGGUUAAGCUUUCAGUGAAAUAAUUUUUCUCAUAUGACACUCUGUUCUGUUACACCCUCAUUUUUCUACUUCUUGACUACCGUGCAAAGUGGACUAUAAAGUGGUGAAACUGGGCCGCUGUAUUUGAGAGAUGAUAAUAGUUUGCUUUUCUCUGUGUGCUGUUGAGUAUCUUGCCAUCUGCUGCACAAAAUGAUUAUUUACCCAAAAACAUCCAUAUACAAAAUGCAAUUAAAGUUUAAAAAGAUGAGAAUACAAUAAUGAGCGAUCUGUCAAAACAAACACCUGGUAUUAGCACUUAAAAUCUGCUUUCUGUUUGCACUGCUUUUGUUAUUUGUGUGUAUAUAUAACAAAUGUACUUGUUCAUGUAGUUACGUGUAAUUUACAUUUUGUGCAACAGCUAGCUUGGUAUUCUAGCUUAAAUAAAGAAAAUCAUUCCUUCA